AAAUAAGAAGACGAAGAAGAAGACUACCGUAUUGUCAUGUAACAGUAAGCUUAUUAUACAAGGUUAUAACGAAGAUAAAUAUGAAUACCGAUUGACAUUAUCUUAUCUGGCCCAGGUAGAGAUGCGAGUCCCCGGUUUCUGGUCCUUCGCUGCCCGGGGCUUCAGCCUCCAGUGUCCCGGGCUGCUCUGCUGCCGGCUGCUGGGCCCCAGCCAGGCCACAAGAAACAUGUCCUCCAAAAGAAAGAUGGACCAUCUAGAGAGAACAGCGGGCAACAACAGACAAAAUGCUCUGUAUCCGGCUGAAGUACGUGGCAUCAUAACCGAGUCGGACACAGUGAAGCGUUUGAGAAUAGCUGUUCCACCAGACUUCAGCUUCAAAGCAGGACAGUGGGUGGAUCUCUUCAUCCCCGGCGUGGAGAAGGUGGGUGGUUUCUCCAUGUGCUCCGGCCCGGGUGUGCUGCAGAGGGAGGGCAUCGUGGAGCUGGCUGUCAAAUACUCAAAACACCCCCCCGCACACUGGGUCCACACCAUGUGUACAGUGGGCUCCCAGGUGGCCAUGCGUGUCGGCGGGGACUUCUUUUUCGACCCCUCACCCUCUGACCCCUCCGUGGAUUUGUUGCUGGUGGCGGGCGGUGUCGGGAUCAACCCCUUGUACUCCAUCCUGCUGCACACCUUGGAUCUCCUGCAUCGCAACCAGGCCUCAAGGAGGCGGGACUUCAACAUAGGCUCCGCCCACCUCUGCUACAGCGCCAAGAACACCCAGGAGCUGCUCUUCAAGAGCUCCAUCAUCGCUGCGUGUCAGGAGUUCCCUGACAAGCUCUCCUGUGACCUCCACGUCACGCAGCAGAUCACAGAUGUUGAUGCGCACCUCCAGCCCUUUAUCAACCGUGGGAGAAUCACAGAGGAGGAGCUGCGCUCUCAUGUGGACCUGCAGAGGACUUUGUGCUUUCUGUGUGGGCCCCCGCCUAUGAUAGAAACACUUUCCAAAACCCUUGUGGACUUCGGCCUCCCGAAAGACAGAAUCCUCUUCGAGAAGUGGUGGUAGAAUCCUCCGCUGCCCUUUUUGCAAUCUUCAGGGGGAGGAUGUUGCGUGUGUGUUGAGAAUGAAAACAUUUAUGAGUGCUGGAGGAAAUUGACUCACCGAUCCCGAGCUACCUCAACCUGUGCCUGAUCUGCCGUACCAGUGGGACCACCCACUCUUCAGCUAACAGCUGACUCUCAAACAGAAUGAGUUUUAUUUCCUAUCUUUGAAAAAGAAGGAAUGUAAAAUCUCUACUUUUAUUGUCUAGAAAAUACUUCUUUUUUGUUUAGCUCACCGUUUUGCUGGAUAUCCUAACAAAUAUCACUCACUGUGACACAGCUGUUGCAAAUCUUCAUAUCUGAUCUCAUUUCCAGCGUGGAAUUGCUUGACUGAGUCCUACUUGAAAAGAUAAUGACAUCAUUAUGUUUAGUUUUAACCUACAUUUUCAACCAAGUAUAAGGGCACCAAUUGGCCAACAAUCAUUUCAGAAACAGAAUUAUGAAACUUUAUUAAUCCUAAUCCACACUACAAAUACACACAUGCAUAGGACCUAUUAAGAUAAGGUCUGAACACAAGGACACCUCUGCAGUGCCCAGGAGGUAAACGGGAAACUCUACAGCUACCAGUCCACGCAUAUAUAUAUAUAUAUUUUUUGGUAUGUCCGACCGGGCAGGACUUGAACCGGCGACCUUCAAUCUCUAACGACUGAGCUACUCAUUGCCAAAGUGAGUCUUUUUCAGGCUGAAAACCUUUAUGCAGAUUUCAGAUUCUUAUCUAUCUCUUGGCAAUUUAUUAAAUAAGCACCAUACCCAUAACGAUGGCUUCAAAGUCCCCAAGGUAAAGAGGAUUAGAGCAAGCUAUCUGUGCUGUAACUGUACAUACGUGUUAGAGUGACUGAUUUACCUCUAUCAAAAUACCUCUGCUGAUGUUAUCGUGUAUUAAGAAGUGUCAUGGUGUAUAUAUAUCUCCGAGCUAUUUAUUUGCAGAGCUGAAGAUUUGAGAGUUGUGAUUGUGACUGCAUUGGAGCGUUGUUAUUAACAUUUUACCCACAUGCUAAUCUCACACCAAGUGUAUUUUUAGAGUUUCGAUUUCCCACGUUUUGGCAAGUGUCCCUGCAUGUUUUACUCCACCACACACAUUUACAUGCACAGACAGUGCCAAUCUCACAUACAUUUUAACUCAAUCACACACAUCCAGGUACCCAUAAACGGUUUUGGUCGCAGGGUGCAGUGCGUAUCCCAUGGUGCACUGUAAUAGAAGCUCCAGGUGGUCUCUGAUUGGCUUGGAUCACUGAACAUCCCUCGGAGAUGUUUGCGAGCUUCUUGUCGUCGUGUCUCAGUGGGGGUUACGCUGUCGAGGCCCAUUUUUGAGUUGCUUUUCUUCCCGUAUGAAGAAAACAGUUUAUGCCGGUAACGUGAGGAAAUAAAGGAAAUUGAGUCAAUCUGUUUUCAAACACUUUAUUGACCUCCGCUUUUAUAUAAAGACUCACAUGUCACACUACUCAGACACGACACAGGCGGUCCAGGAAAUAGGUUCACAUGUUUUUCAAAUAAACGAAAAGGUCCGUUUUCUUGAAUUACAAAAGGCAUUUUUCCUUUCAUCUUGUUUCUAAUCAUUUAAAGUCUGAUUCCCUUAGCAUUUCAAAAUGUUCAAAAGCAUUUUCCCUGUUACUCUGGAUAAUAAACAGACAAGAAACUAA